AUGCUUGCAACCUCUCCCAGACAGCCUCGAGGAAGAAAGAAGGACUCUAUAGAGCAAUUCAUAUCGUCUCCGCAACUAUUUCUCGAAAAUGGUCUUUCUCAACUACGGUAUAUGAUUCUUAUAGAAGGACUAUCUACUCCACAAGGCUACGACCAAUGUCCGUAUCGUUCGUAUGUGUGGAGCAUUCUCUGGAGAGUUCCAAAUAUGACCACCGACUCGUACUUGAGUCUUGUUUCGCAAAUUCCCCAAUCUUUAGGUCCAGAAGUCUACGCUAAGAUUAGAAACGAUACCUUUCGUACUCUCAAGAACGACCGCAACUUCCAAGCGAAGGUGUCAGAAGAAACGCUCAUACGAAUUCUCAGCUGCAUAGCAAUUACCACAGAAACAACGGUGGGUUACGUCCAGGGCUUGAACGUUUUGCUAGCUCCUAUUGCCUAUACUUGUCAUAGAAGUGAGCCUCACGCAUAUGCCAUACUCCACAGUUUGCUCACGAACCAUAUACCACUCUAUAUUACACCGAACUUAGACGGAGUCCAUACGGGACUCAGCUUAGUCGACGUAGUGCUCAAAAUCAUAGAUCCCGUACUCAGUGAGUAUCUUGAUAGCAAAUUCUUGAAAGCUAAGAUCUAUGCCUUUCCCUCAGUAUUGACUCUUUCAGCAUGCACACCUCCUCUCAAGUCAGUAUUGAAACUAUGGGACUUUCUUUGUGCCUACGGUACACAUAUGAACAUUUUGUUUGUCGUAGCGCAGCUAAUCAUCAAUAGGACAGCAUUGCUCCACUCCGAGCAACCAAUGAAAAUCCUCCGGACAUUUCCUAAUCUAGAGGAAAAUGAAAUAAUCAAACUCAGCUUGAGUUUCAUUCCAGAACUCCCCAAGGAACUCUACGACUUGAUCUCAAGACACGGCUAUGAUCCCAAGGUACCACGCGAGUUGAAAAAGUUUCUCGCGGAAAACAUGCUAUAG